AUGUUUAGCUAUGUUCAUGUGGAUGGAAGGUCGAUCUCAUCAUCUGAUAAAACCAUUAAGUUGGCUAAGCAUAAAGGAACAAUAAAAACAAUACAGAGUGAAGAUGGUGAUGUAAUUGACUGUGUUGACAUUUACAAACAACCUGCUUUUGAUCAUCCUCUCCUCAAGAAUCACACCAUACAGGUUUUUAUCGUUUGGAAUAUUUAUUUUAUUCAUGUAUUGGAGGAGAAAGACCUUGAAAUUAAAGCUGAUCCUCCAAAAAACCAUGAGUAUGCUGUAGUUUCCGAGUUCGAUGGCAACUAUUUUGGAGUAGCUGCAUGGCUUAACGUGUGGAACCCAGCAACGUUUGAUUCGGAGUUUAGCUUAGCACAAAUUUGGCUUGUGUCAGGGCGUGAAUUUAGUGUAUACAACACUAUCGAGGCUGGAUGGAUUAAUAAGGCAGACCAGAAACCAACAAGAUCAUUCAUUUACUGGACUGUAAGUUUGCUUGAUCCGUCCUGUCUGAUGUCUAGCGACGGCUAUCAAAAGACAGGUUGCUAUAAUCUUGAAUGUCCUGGAUUUGUGCAAACCAACAACAAGGUGGCUCUUGGUUCGAUUAUACACCCUGUUUCCACCUAUGGAGGCACUCAAUUUGAAAUACACAUAUUUAUACACAAGGACAAGCAAAGUGGAAACUGGUGGUUGAGGAUACAGCAAAUAGAUGUAGGAUAUUGGCCAGGCUCGAUCUUCACAACACUAUCUGACAGGGCUGAUAGAUUAAGUUGGGGUGGAGAGAUUCUUAAUUUUCAAUCACAAGGCCAUCACACCCCUACUCAAAUGGGAAGUGGCCAUUUUCCCAGUGAAGGCUUUACCAAAGAUAGUUUGAUCCGAAAUCUUAGGUACAUGAAUGAGUCUGGAUUUAUGAAAGAUGCUGAAAAUGUCGAGCCACAUGUGACAAGGCCUGAAUGCUAUGAUUUACAGAUGGGAGGCAUGAAAAAUUUUGGAACCCAUUUCUUUUUUGGUGGCCCUGGAUAUUCUGAUAAAUGCAAGUAG